AUGCAAGAUUCUGUCCAAGUGGAGAUGCUUCAAAAAAAUAUGUCUUCUAAAAGUGAGAAUGAAACAUCGAACAGAUCCCAGAAUUUGACAGACAGCUUGCAGGGUGUAACCCCAACAAAAAAAGAGGAGCUCCCAACAACAGCUAAAAUCAAUUCAGUGACCGCAGUAAAACCAUCUACAGCAAAAGGUGUUUCUCUGCCAUAUGCUCUGUCUCGUGAAGUGACCCCUAGUCCUGUAUCUCAAAUGGAUGUUGAUGCUUCUGAAGAUACUAAAAUUGAGGAAGAGGAUCUUCUCACAGAUUUGAAAGACACGUUAAAUAGUUCACCACCCAUCAUCAAAGAAACUCUGGAAUCAGAUGGAGAUGACUAUGGUACUUAUGAAACGACAUCGAAUUCCAGGUACAACCCAGACCUUUUAGAGAUACCAGAAGAUGACGACUCUGACAUCAUUAGUAAUUACAAUGAGGAGAUCAAGACCCUUGAUGAGAAGAUAAAAGAUGUUUCUGUCACAGGGUUAGAAGAAGAUGAUGACAGCCAUUUCUUUUUCCAUCUGGUUGUAGUUGCCUUCUUAGUAGCUGUUGUUUAUGUCACCUAUCACAAUAAGAGGAAG